AUGCUUCAAAGGCUUAUUAACAAUGUGUGGGUCCCCAUGAAACCCUCCUGUACCCAGGAUUACCAGGAAAUCUGGGUAGAAAUGGGGUCAGUGCCCUUCAUCCUUUAUAAGAUCAGGAGUGCUGACAAAAGCAGUAAAGCUCUGAAAGGCUCCAGUCCCACAGCUGCCCUUGGCCAUCACUAA